AUGGAGAAGCUCGACCGUAAAGGCCUCUCAGAGUCUGAGGCCAUGCCACCAAAUGACUAUGACUCGACCAAUACCGACACAGUACCGGAAGCAGAGAACAUCGACGGAUAUGAUCGUACUCUUGAGUACACGCCCGAAGAGGAGCGCGCAGCGGUCCGACGAGUCGACUUCUUCAUCCUACCAUUCAUUGUGCUCCUCUUCUGCUUCCUCCAGUUCGAUCGGACCAACAUCGCAAAUGCCCUUACCGAUACCUUCCGGGCUGAUGUGCACAUCACCAAUUACCACAUCAACACAGCUCAGACACUGUUCAUCGUCGGAUUUGUGAUAACAGAGAUCCCCUUCAACAUGCUCAGCAGAUAUUUCGGCCCUGAGAGGUUCCUUCCCGUCACGAUGAUCCUAUGGGGCAUUGCUACAUGGAGUCAGAUGUUCAUCACAAGUCCAUCCGGCUUGUACGCCUGCCGCUUCAUCGUUGGUGCCCUAGAGGGUGGUUACAUUCCCGGCAUGGCGCUCUACAUCAGUAAAUUCUACAUCAAUGAACAGCUGGGACUGCGCUUUGCUUGUUUCUGGGCAUCAAACUCGAUCGCUGGAGCUCUGUCAGGACCAUUGUCUAUUGGACUUCUGUCACUCAGAGGACGAGGUGGACUUCAUGGCUGGCAAUGGCUGUACUUGAUUGAGGGUGUACUCACCUGCUUUCUGGGCGCCGUUGGCUACCUAUAUCUCCCGCAUUCCGCCGCUAAGCCAAAGACCUUCUUCGGCCGAUCGUGGAGCCUCUUCACACCCCGACAAAGCUCAAUUAUCAUAACUCGGGUUAUGCGGAACGAUCCAUCUAAGGCUCUUCGUUACGGCAAGCCAGUGCUGCCGUCACACAUCCUACAGACCUUCGGCGACUGGAGAUUGUACGGACACAUCCUCUCGGCGUUCCUCUCCAUGGUCAUGAUCACGCCUAUGAACACAUACGCCCCAUCAAUUAUCAAGUCAUUGGGCUUCACAGGCCUUCAAGCCAAUGGAUUGAACUCGGUGGGAGCUAUCGGGGCGCUCUGUAUCUCCAUCUCGUUAGCAUACAGUAGCGACCGCUUCAAGGAGCGUGGCUUCCACAUUAUCGUCGGAUUUCUCGGAGCCGCCGCAGGCCUUCUUUGGCUUGCUCUGGCACCGAAUAGCGUUGGCAGAUGGGUUCUAUACGGCGGAGUUGUGUGCACUCAGAGCUUCAUGGGAACGGCUCAAGCCAUUAACGCGGCCUGGCUGGCGGCGAAGAUGGAAGACCAUAAGCGACCGAUCGCGCUUGCAGCAUACGUGAUGAGCAUUCAGAUUGCUGGUUUCCCGGGUGCUCAGCUGUUUAAGCAAGACGCUGCCCCGCGGUAUAAGCAUGGUCUGAUUACAGCUGCCGCGCUGGUCAUUUCUGGAGCUGCGGUGGUGGCGGCCUGGAAGUUCCUUUACCGCAUCUUCGAUCAUGGGGACGGUGGUGUUGAGACAGUCAAGGGUCGUGAUCCUGAGCAGUAA